AUUAAUGGAAGACAUAUCGUACGCCGCGUUUGCAGCUGCCGAGGCUUCCAUAUUCGCGGCGACCGCGGCCAAAGAAGCAGCGACCGCAGCCACCGUAGCAGCCAACGCCGCCACUUUGGCGGAAGCCGCGGACGCGUCCAAAGCGGCCAACAUCUCUGCGUCGAUAGCGGUGACUGCAGCCGCGACAGCAGCGGCCGCCGCCGAAGCGUUGGCAGAGAUCGUAGCCGAAGCGCUGCAGGCCGAAGAAGAACUGUUGGCCGAUCGCACGGCUGCUGCCGCUUAAGCCAGACGUUUUGCGUCGGUUGACCGCCGCACUACUUGCUCGGGUGGAUAGUACGUCAAUCGUCUCGUCAUCGUACACCAGCGACAAGAAGUAGAUCGAGGGCCACUAUACAAUCCAAUAUGAUUAUCAACACACCUGCUUACACGGUUUCGGAUAAUAUUCCUUUAGACGAAAACAAUGAGGAAUUCAUUACCGCCCCUGCAGUGUAUGAACCGUCUGAAGAUACCUUUCUGAUGUUAGAUGUUUUGGAAUUAGAUCUGGAGCAAGUGAUAAGUACUCGAUUGUCAAAAACUAACAAGGUUGUUGAUUCGACUGCCAAGUGUGGACCACUGCUGGUUGUUGAAUUAGGUAGUGGUUUUGGCAUCCUUACUGCUGCUAUAUCAAAGGCUUUCUCUGAUACACUUUCAUCAAUUGCUGUAGGAGCUCACUGUAUUGCUAUAGAUAUGAACCCAACUGCUUGUCGUAAAACCAUUAUGACAUGCAAACUUAAUGAUGUUGAAGUGGAUGCAAUACGUGGCGACUUACUCACAUGGAUGCGACAUCCUGAAACAUCAAAUGUUAAUAAUGGCUCCAACAAAGAAGUGUAUGGCCCCAUAGAUAUACUUUUAUUCAAUCCCCCAUAUGUCCGAGGCCCUGAAGGUGAACAAGCUCCAACUCCUACAGUAAUUGAUGCUAAAGACAAGGAAGCUAAUGAUCGAAAGCUAGCAUCAAUAGAAGAUGGUGCUUGGCUGGGUGGUGGCCCAGAUGGUGUAGAUGUGCUUAAAAGAGCCCUGCAUCAGGCAGCUGAUCUUCUGUCAGAAUAUGGAGUAUUCUAUGCACUGAUGAUUGAUUACAAUUAUAACGCACUGGUGCGAGAUGAAAUGCAAGCCCGGCGUGACCGAACUGACCAGAAUAUUUAUCAUGAUGACUUAAAUAGUGUUGAGUUGACAACUUUUGGAAGCAGCCCUGCUAACAGACCGUUAAUAUGCACCCACAUUUUGUCCCGAAAAGUACCCGGGGAAAACUUAUCUGUAUACCGAAUAUAUCGACCUAUUGAUUUUAAUUGAUUUUUAUCCCACAUUAUGUCAGACUGACUACUAACAUUGUGUAUUUAUUUUAUUAACAUUCCUUUAUAUUUAUACUUCAUUUAUAAUAUUUAACAUAUUGUUAUCAUUUUAUUUAAUUAUGUGCACUUGCUGUGCUAUCCAUUUUAUUUCUGUAAUACUGUGUAUUAUAUAAGUCUGUUCAAUUAAAGUAUUAAUUCAGAGUCUAUUUAGUA